UGACCGCAUAUAUAAAUCUUUGUCUAAAAUGUAAUAUAUGUUAUGUAUUUGAAUGAGAUGGACACCACAAGAAAUUAUAUUUCCAAUUUGAAAUUUUUGGUUGCUUUCUUUAUCAUUAUGUCAGCUAUGUUGAUCGAAUCUGAAGUUGAAGGAUUUAGUGACAUGGUCUCAUCUUCUCAAACAGAAACAAAUUGUUAUGCAGAUUGUCCAAAAUCUUGUGAAAGUGUUUCAGAUUGUAGGAAUUGUUGUGUAUGUAAGGUUAUUGCAGGUGAUGUGACUUUUAUUCCUGUUUGUGUUGAAGAAAAAUAUUGCACAUGUAUUAAAAUUAUUAUUCCUAGUCCACCUCCACCAAAUGCAAAUUAAGUAUUAGAAUAUUGUAAUGCAAUCAUCAUUUAUUGAUGAGAAUAAUAUACAUGAAAGAUAAACAAGAUUUGUUGCA